AUGUAUGAUAAAAAUGAACUUCAAUCCCCAUUUACUGAUAUCACAAUGUCCCUGGAGGCCCAUAAAUCGUAUAUUGAUAACUAUUUAAUACCAGAAAUAAUCGAAAAAUUAAAUAAUGAGGAAUUGAUAUCCUACUCAAUUGAACAUUCCAGUGGCUUGGAUGGUUUCAUGUCGGCCCUAUAUAAUAUACAAUUGAAAACCAAAACAAAUAAAGGUGAAGUGGAACGUUUGCUGAUAGCAAAAUUUAUGAGAGGUGAUGUUGAGUUUCGAGAGUCCAGUAAAUCGUAUGUACAAUUUGCCAAUGAGAUUUUUAUCUAUUCCGAUGUUCUGCCACAAUAUGAAAAGCUGUUGAAUGAAUUGAAAAUCACUUCGCUGAAGAUAAGUGAAUUGGUGCCGAAUUGUUAUAAGGCGGCAUUUGGGUAUAUUGAAGGUCUCAGUUCCUCCCGGCAGUCGCGAGAAGCCGCCUUGGUUUUGGAAAACCUAAAGCCAUGCGGCUACGUUAUGGGUCCCCGUCUCAUAUUGGAUCGUGAACAUUUGCUGGCCAUGUGUAAACCGGUGGCCAAACAUCAUGCCUUUUCCUAUGCCCUUAGGGCCUUAAACAAUGACCUUUUGGAGCGAUUAAAAUCAGGUCUAAAUGUUUUACCUUUUGUGGCCCACAGCCCCGAAGAAGCCAAGGGUCAUUUGUAUACGAUCAUUUAUCGUUUGGCUUUUGAUCGUUUUUAUGAUUACUUCGAUCGUGUUAUCGACACAAAUACCUUUGAUAAAAAAUCUCCAAAGGAUUUGAAAUUAAUUGAAAAUCUGCGCAAGCUAAGGGAGAAAUAUUAUGCCGAGCCCACAAAAUUAUUGGAAAAAUUAAGGGUACAAGUGGAAGAGACGGAGGAGGAUAGGCGAUUUGCAGCCAUCUUACAUGGGGAUUAUAAUCGUAAUAAUGUGUUGUUUAAAUACCAAAAGGAAGGGGAGGGGGACAAGGUGGAGGAUGUUAAAAUGAUUGAUUUUCAAGAGGUACGUUAUGGUUCUCCCGUAUUGGAUUUAAGUUUCUUUAUGUAUUUCAAUUCAUCGGCGGAGGGCCGCUACGAAUUGUGGCCUGAAAUGUUAAGCACCUAUCACUCACACAUGUAUGGCACACUGAAAAUGAUUCUAGAAGCUUCCAGCAAAAGUCCCCAGGAAAUUGAAACAAUUUUGAGUUGGUAUAGUUUUGAAAAAUUCCAAACCCAUUUUGCCCGUUAUGCAUUUUAUGGUGUGCUGAUUUGUACGCAUUUCCUGCCAUGGAUGCUAUGCAGCGAGGAGGAAUGUUCCGAAUUAUCGGAAUUAUUUUCCAACGAUUUUACCGGGGAACGUUUUCGUAAACUUAGCAUAGAGGCGGGUGGGGACGAGGUGAAUUUGCAGAUAUUGGCUGCCAUGCGUCAUGCCUCGGAAAUGGGUUAUAUGGAUGAUUUGUAG